GGUCUAAUCCUUCUUAGCCCACUAAACACCCCGCCUCUCGUCCUUCACAAGCUACACGUACUCUCUUCGUCAAAGCUCCCCCACUCCUCUUCGAACAAAAGAACACACACAACACCAAAGGCUUUACACCGACAUACAUAAUCAUGCAUCAGCAGGCAAUGUGGAAGCCAGCAUGGUUAGAGGCCCUCAGCACAGAGAAGUUCUUUGUGGCAUGCUCCUUCCAUGAGCACGCCAAGAAGAACGAGAAGAACAUAUGCUGCCUUGACUGCUGCACCAGCAUCUGCCCACACUGUGUGGCGACACACCGUGUACACCGGCUCCUGCAGGUGCGGCGAUAUGUCUACCAUGAUGUCGUUCGGCUGGAGGACCUUGAGAAGCUUAUUGACUGUUCCGGUGUUCAGUCAUACACGAUUAACAGCUCUAAGGUCGUUUUCCUGAAGAAGAGACCACAGAAUAGGCAAUUUAAGGGGUCAGGGAAUAUUUGCACCUCCUGCGACAGGAGCCUUCAAGAACCCUACUUCUACUGUUCUCUGGAUUGCAAGGUUGAGUACAUAUUACGGAAGAAGAAAGACUUGUCAGCAUACUUGCGUCCAUGCAAGAUCUUGCAGCUUGGUCCUGACUUCUUCAUUCCUCAUGACGCUGAUGAUGAGACGACCCAAUCAACACUUGUUGAUGCUGAUGAGCCUAUGGGAUCAUCAGACUCCGAUAAUUUGAGCGCACCAUACACAAAUUUUGUCCGGAAGAAGCGCAGCGGACCCUAUAUCUGUGCACGAUCUGCAAACCGGGUCUCUGACGAUGACAUGGCCACAAACAUGAGCAGAAGGAAAGGGGUGCCUCAACGAUCACCUUUGUGCUAAUAAAAAUAAAACACUAAAUAGUCUUCUUUUUUUACUUCUUUGAUGCUCUUUAUCUCUUGGACUAAGCUGGUGCACUACUGACAGAAUUUUGUCUUGAUGGAACCAUGUAAUUUCAAUGUACAUCACCAGAGGCAAUUGUACCCAAAUUCUUCAGGUAGAUGCACCAGUUCAUAUAUAUGUAUGCCUUAACAUGGUUCAUAUUAUUCCCUUA